ACCACACGGCGUUUUAUAAUGUCUCCCUCCUAAAACGACAAGGAGAAUUCAGGCUCUCUCUCUCUCUCUCUGCACUUUCACACCUCCUCCUUCUCCUCCCUUUCUCCGCUGAAACCCUAAAAAAACACUUCAAAUUAUGUAGUUUAAAAUGGAUACUUAUAAAAAGAUAUAUCUGGUAAUAGCUUUGCUAGCUUCAAGCUUUUGUUUGGGAUCAGCCGGUGAUAUAGUUCACCACGACGACGUCGCUCCUAAGCGGCCUGGCUGUGAAAAUAACUUCGUUCUGGUCAAAGUACCAACUUGGAUUAAUGGCGUAGAAGACAUUGAGUAUGUUGGUGUCGGUGCUCGUUUUGGUCUCACUUUGGAAUCGAAGGAAAAACAUGCUAAUUUAUUUAUACUUGCCCUGGCUGACCCUCCUGAUUGUUGUAGCAAACCCAAAAAUAAGCUUUCAGGGGAGAUCAUAUUGGCGCACCGAGGUAACUGUAGCUUCACAACAAAGGCAAAUGUUGCUGAAGAUGCUGGUGCUUCAGCUAUUCUCAUCAUAAACAACCGGACAGAACUGUUCAAGAUGGUUUGUGAAGUCAAUGAAACUGAUGUAAAGAUUGGCAUUGCUUCUGUCAUGCUCCCACAAGAUGCUGGUGCAAGCUUGGAAAAAUAUUUGACGAGCAGCUCAUCAGUUAAAGUGCAGCUAUACUCACCACGACGUCCAGUGGUGGAUGUUGCAGAAGUGUUCUUAUGGCUUAUGGCUGUCGGUACCAUUUUAUGUGCCUCUUACUGGUCUGCAUGGAGUGCAAGAGAAGCUGCUAUAGAGCAGGAUAAGCUAUUGAAGGAUGGUUUGGAUGAAUUGAUUCAUAUGGAUGGUGUCCGUUCCAGUGGUAUUGUUAACAUCAACACGACAUCUGCAAUUCUCUUCGUUGUGAUCGCUUCUUGUUUCUUAGUUAUGCUUUACAAACUUAUGUCGUACUGGUUUAUCGAGGUUCUGGUGGUUCUGUUUUGCAUUGGGGGAGUGGAGGGCUUGCAAACUUGCUUGGCUGCUUUGUUAUCAUGUUUCAGAUGGUUUCAACCUGCGGGAGAAUCAUUUGUUAAAGUUCCCUUCUUUGGAGCUGUCUCGUAUCUAACACUGGCAGUCUCUCCUUUCUGCAUAGCAUUUGCUGUUGUUUGGGCAGUUUUCCGCUCUAUCUCCUUUGCCUGGAUAGGUCAAGAUAUCCUUGGUAUUGCUCUGAUCAUUACAGUUCUUCAGAUUGUUCGUGUGCCAAAUCUCAAGGUUGGAACAAUUCUUCUAAGUUGUGCCUUCUUGUAUGACAUCUUCUGGGUUUUUGUUUCGAAAUGGUUGUUCAAGGAGAGUGUUAUGAUUGUGGUGGCUCGUGGUGAUAAGAGUGGAGAGGAUGGUAUACCGAUGCUACUGAAAAUCCCACGGAUGUUUGAUCCUUGGGGUGGCUAUAGCAUAAUUGGGUUUGGUGACAUCAUCUUACCAGGAUUGCUUGUAGCUUUUUCAUUAAGGUAUGACUGGCUUGCAAAGAAGAAUCUUCGAGCAGGAUACUUCUUGUGGGCAAUGACUGCUUAUGGUUUAGGUCUCCUAGUAACAUACGUAGCUUUGAACAUGAUGGAUGGGCAUGGCCAGCCAGCUUUGCUUUACAUUGUUCCAUUCACCCUUGGUACCUUUUUGACGUUGGGAAAGCAAAGAGGAGAUCUGAAAGCAUUAUGGACAAUGGGAGAGCCUGAAAGACCCUGCCGGCACAUCCAAUUUCAACCCUCUGGAUCUUAGUGAUACAGGUCUUGCAUGCGCGUCAUAAUUACCUGUACAAGUUGUAGGAGAGCUUGUAAUAUCUGUUGCCAUUAACUGACUGGGAACUGAAGCUAGAGUAAAAUUAGUUUUGACUAAUUGCAAAUGAUCUUUUUAUCUCAGCUCGGAUUCACCAGAAACUUUUACUUGCAACAUCACCAUAUACAUAGGUGCCUGAGCCUCGUGCUGGAUUCGAUCGUAUGAUAUAGUGAAAACAUAGCAUUGGUUCCAGGGCCUUUAGACGUUUUGCUUUAUCCAACACCUUGCUUUGUUAUUGUAUCCUCGUAUAUGUAAUCUCAUUGUAAUCAGGCCACUCUGGGAGUAUCUUAUUCCAGCAUAUAAUUCUAUCCCCUCUUAGGUGUACAA